AUGAUGGAACCGCCAGUUACGAGCAAGAUCCUGCGAGCUCCUAACCUGAAGAGGGGUCAGGAGAACGUCAGGAUUCAGGACAGGAUCAAGCUGGAACGUGUGCUCGGCGUAACCGUGUCGAGCAAUGCAGCCCUGGACUGCGACGCAACCAGCGAGCUGGUCGCCUAUCCUGCUGGCUGCACCGUGGUGUUGUUCAACCCACGGAAGAACACCCAGGCCCACGUGUUGAACGCUUGCCGCAAAACGGUCACAUCUCUAGCGCUAGCAGGAGAUGGAAGAUUUCUGGCGACUGGCGAGUGCGGUCACAUGCCCAACGUUCGCGUAUGGGACAUCUCCGACCCGUACAACGCCGUGCAGAUCGCCGAAUUUUCCGGGCACAAAUACGGCAUCAACUGUGUGGCGUUUUCACCGAGUAACAAGUACGUGGUGUCCGUGGGCUCUCAACACGAUAUGAUCGUCAACGUCUGGGACUGGAGGAACAAUGUUAAGGUGGCGUCGAACAAAGUCUCGAGCAAAGUGAAGGCCGUCUGCUUCGCGGAAAACGGCAAUUACUUCGUUACCGUCGGCAACAGACACGUCAAGUUUUGGUAUCUCGAGUAUUCGCGCAGUGCCAAGUAUAAGGAACCUGUGCCUUUGAUGGGUCGGUCUGCCAUAUUAGGCGAGCAGAGAAACAACGAUUUCGUGGACGUAGCCUGCGGCCGUGGGGAAAUGGCAGAUUCCACGUACGCGAUCACCAAAACGGGUCUUCUAUGCGAAUUUAAUAACAGGAGGCUGUUGGAUAAAUGGGUGGAGCUUCGUACGACCAGUGCCAAUUGCAUGGCCGUUGGAGAUAAAUACAUUUUCAUCGGGUGCGCGGAGGGAAUCGUGAGGUGCUUUAGUCCUACUACGCUUCAGUUUAUCACCACGUUGCCGAGGACGCAUUACCUUGGCGUGGACGUUGCUCAGGGAUUGUCCAUUAGUCACAUGUCUCAGCAUCCAGCAAACGCGAGGUAUCCAGACGCGAUAGCUUUAGCUUUCGACGAGCGAAACAACAAGCUAACCUGCGUCUACAACGACCACAGCAUUUACGUUUGGGACGUGCGAGACAUCAGGCGAGUGGGCAAGUCGCAUUCGUUCCUCUAUCAUUCGGCCUGUAUUUGGGGUGUCGAGAUGUACCCCACGGGAUCCGACUCCAUGGCAGCUAUGCCUGUUGGCAGCUUCAUCACCUGCUCCAGCGACGACACGAUCCGCGUGUGGAACCUCGAGAAGGACAUCUCGCCCAACGACACGCUCUACAAAAGGAACAUCUACAGCAACGAAUUGCUCAAGGUCCUCUACAUAGAUCCAGAGUUGACGUACUUGAAGGACUUGGAUUUAGCUGCGGCCGGAUCGACGGAGAAGAGCGACGCCUCGUACGACGGUCGAAACGGAGUGAGAUCGAUCAGGGUCAGCCCUGAUGGGAAACACUUGGCGUCCGGAGAUCGCUCGGGAAACAUUCGUAUUCACGAUCUCUCCUCCUUGGAGGAAUUAUGCCUAAUAGAGGCGCACGACGCGGAAGUGCUUUGCCUCGAGUACUCAAAGUUCUCCCGGUACUCGGCCGAGCCACCCAGGCUGCUGGCCAGCGCCUCCAGGGAUAGACUGAUUCACGUGUUCAGCGUCGAUCAAGGCUACAACUUUUUACAAACGCUCGACGAUCACAGUUCUUCCAUCACCGCUGUCAGAUUCUUCAAUCAGAGCAACCAGAGUAAUCAGAUACAGAUGGUGUCUUGCGGUGCCGAUAAGAGUAUUAUUUUUAGACAGUUGCAAUCGACACCAGGAGGAAUGCCCCAGUUCGCCAGGGGUCACAACGCUCAGGGGAAGACCACUUUGUACGACAUGGAGGUCGAUUCCGGGCAAAAGCACGUUCUAACUGCCUGCCAAGAUAGAAAUAUAAGGGUUUACAACGUGGCCACGGGUAAACAUAGCAAAACGUUCAAGGGUUCCGUCGGCGAAGAUGGAUCGCUCAUCAAAGUCGUUCUAGACGCAUCGGGAAUCUACGUAGCUACCUCUUGUACAGAUAAGACGUUGUGCGUGUACGACUACUACAGCGGUGAAUGUAUGGCCACCAUGCUGGGUCACUCGGAAUUGGUGACAGGCUUGCGUUUUAGUCCUGACUGUCGCAACCUCGUGUCCGCCAGCGGUGACGGUUGUAUAUUCGUCUGGCGUGUUCCACGCGACAUGGUUGUCACCAUGCAGGCGCGUCUCGCUCAGCAAGCGAUGCGAGCCGGAAAGAGGCCACCUCAAGUGAACGGCACAGGAAUCGACGUUCAAUUGGACAACGAAACGUUCGGAUCGCCGCCGCCGGAAUUCCUAGAUCCGAACGCGAACCCAACCUCGCAGAACAUAAGCGUCGAUUACAGGUUCAGCGUAGGCCAAUUGCCGUUCUGGGCCAAGAAGCAGAUAAACACGACGAACGUGGACGAGAUCGCGACUCUUGGCUCGAACGUCAGACCGUUGGGUGUCGAUCUGCCGAAGGGAAAAUGGGCGCAGCGGGUUCAACAGGGAGACGGUAUAACGGUGAAGUCCGUGUACGAUAGCGACGAAGUUAUACCGUUCCCUCCGCCUCGUGGCGCGAUCGAUUCGGACGGUGGCGGCGGAGGAGGCGGUUCGAAGGACAGCUCGAUCGACAGUGGAACCGAGACCAAGUGCAGCAGCGAUUAUCGCAGGGAAACGAUAAUUAUCAAGAGGGAAGAGGACGAAACUGUAUUUCAACCUUGUCCAGAUAGUUACAGAGAAUUAGCAGAUGAAACGAAACAGGUGAUCGGUGGUAACGUGACUGUAACUAGAGGUAGCAAUAUCACGGAAUUGACGAGACAGUCGAGGAGUCGUCAUCAUACCGACGACAGCAGUCUUGGCAGCUUUAAAUUUGAGGAUCACGAGAGUACCGAACAUGACGGAGACGUGGAAGAUUAUUCCGAAGGAGAGAAUGGCACGACUGGUUCUGAAAAGUCUCAUCACAGGUUGAUGUACUAUCCUACGCCGGAAGACACGGUGUCGAAUCAAUUUACCGUAAACGCGAUGGACGUGGAAGAGCUUCGAAGAUCUCAGAGGAGACAGAAGAAACCUAGGAACGGGGGGGAGAGCGGUCGGACCAGCGAAUUAACCGCUUCUGGCAGUCAAGAUGACUCGGAUUCCGAGGGUGGCGCUUCGACUCCUAGCGCGGAACGAAAUCCUUUGUCCAUGUUGUCGGAGGCUAGCUCGGAAGGGUUCGAUCAGCUGGCGAAACAGAGUCAUCGUGAAAAGUACCUUAAAAAUGCUUUCGAAUCUCUUAGCGGUGCCGAAGAGCCUACGAACAGAACGGCGAAAACGACCAGCAUCAGUUCCCAGUUCCAUGGAAGACUCAGCGGCGGUGGCGAUAACGGCGGUAGUAAUAAGAUUCGUAACGCGGCUGUGGUGAAUGCAACGAAGCAGGCGAGAGGCGACGCGGACGUUGUAAAGAAGCGCGAGGAAUUGCAGAGGAGAAUAGAAGAAACGAGAAGAAAAUUGCAAAGUGUUGGCUACAAGUCGUCGUUGAAAACCAGCCAAAGCAUAUCCGACUUGAGCAGCCACAUACCGGAGAAACACCAUCGUUCGAACAGACUGAGCACAGGUAACAAAUCUGGUCAACAGACUCAAUACUCGAAACCGAUUAAUCCUUGUAAACCCAUGCCGAACCCAAAACCCCCGUUAAAACCUCAGCAACUAAUUAACAAAGUGUCGGGUGUGGGGAAUGCGCUACCUAAGCUAGAUAUUCCGACUGAACAUUGCUUAUCCAAAAGUCCGACUACGUCGUGCAUAAGUGACAAGACAAAACCGUCUCUUAGUCGACCGUUAACGUUAACCUUAAAGAAAACUGAAAAGUAUAAGCUGUCGCUAAAUAAACCGAAUCAGUCUUUGCCCGAGUCGCCCGUCUGCGAAGAGCUAAAGCUCUUGAAGGAAUUGUGCAAAAAGAACGCUAACCGGUUCGCGAGGUUCGCGCAGAAGAGGAGAUCGUGCAGCUACUUUAUCGGACUCGACGACAACGAGGAGGACAUGGAGAGCAUAGCCAAGUCUUUCGAGAGUUUGCCCGCGAUGAACGAGCGUAACAUCGAGACUCUGAACGACGCCAUGGACGACGGGGACGAGGGGAAUGGUAAUUUUAGCGACGAUUCCCUGGAAGGCGACUUCAAGAAUCCACCUCGACGAUGCGUUAGCGAUUAUCAGAUAAACGUGCACGGCGAUCAGCAGGAUGUCCAUAGAAAUUACUCGACUUAUCAAACCUUCCCGAAACGAAUCCCGACUGGAUCCCAAGAAAGUAUCCUUUCGGACGCUUCGGUCGAAUCUUUCUCCAAAGGAAGCGCGGAGAUCUUAGAUUACAGUCAUUACGACAACGAUAGACACUCGAGUGCGAGUUUCUUCCUGUCUCGACGGAAGAUGCAGGCUGGUAGAAGCCAGGAGAGCAUUCUAACGGACGAGUCCGAUUAUCAGAUGUUUCCGUUGCACGAAAACAUCGAUCAUCGAAGCACCGAAAGUGUCUUAACCGACGACUCUGAUUCUCUAGUGAAAUCCGCACCUUUGGAGAUGCUUUUCGAUUCCCAUUACAAACGAAAAAGACAGAAUUCCGAGACGUACAACGGCAAUCCGAACAACGUUGUAGAACAAUCGAAUAACACUCAGAACACGACCGACGAUACGACCUCGUGCCGUGCGGUAUUCAGAUCGAAAUCACUCCAAGACACGCGAAUAAAUAAAGUGCAAAACGAGAACUACACGGAGGACAACGCGCCACCUACAACAUGCAUUUACUACGAAUUCAACUUUAACGAUCAGAACGAUACGAACGUCGAAAUGAGAAUCGGUACUAAAUCGGACAAUAUUUCGCGAAGCAACAGCUUGAAAGUCCCGAAAGAACCGCAAUCGAUGCUGAUACUCAACGAUUUCGUGGCCCACAAACCGCCAAAGCCGAAGCGAAAUUCUGCUCGAACGCAAAGCAUGAGGAACAGAGCUCGUCCAGCGUGGAACAAGUACCUAGACUCGUCGUCGCCUCAGUCGACCCGCGUUAAGUCCACGGAUCCUGACGAUUACACCGGCAAGACUCACGCGGAAGAUAGAUCAGCGAGAAGUGACACCGACGUAAAGUCGUCCGACGGGACCACCGAACCUUUGCAACUGUUACAGUCUUCUACUUAUUCUUUGCAAUCUAACGAGGAUAAAGACUCGAAGACCAAGUUCUACAGCUUGCAGACACGUCGGUCGGAUAAAACCGCCAUGUACGAUGCCGGCGGGCCAAUGGACAACUUUGCCUUCGAUCCCGACGAUUCCCCUCAUCAGACGAAGAGCUACCAAGCCCACGACAUGGCCGAGGAUCAGCGAGACUCUCCUCUCGUCGAGAGAGACAGACACUGCUUCUUCGAGAAUGAAAUCCCAACGAAGGACACGCAAGAAACGUACGACUCGCUGGAACCUAGUGGCACAACUUGCGAUCUGCAAAUACCCACGAUACAGAACACUUCGAACCUGUUAACCACGAACGAACGAAUCGAUAAUCUGGACGCCAGCGUCGAUCUGAGGAUCACCAGAGCCAUCGAGGGAACCGUGAAGCUGCUGUCGAAAGAGUUCGAGAACUUGGUGAGGAGGGAGCAAUUCUUGAUGAAGGAGAAGUGUCUGCGGAUGUCUCAUUGCCAAGAGACGAGCGAAAACUUUGCCAAACUAGAGGCCGAGAGGGAUGGUAGAUUUUGUUCGCUGAGACGGGACAUAAGGUUCCAUUCCGGGGGUGAGGACAGCGACUGUGCAGACACGUCUGCAAUGGACAAGUCGAUGAUGGAGAGCGGCUCCUCGACGUCUGCCUCGAGCUGCACCAACUCGCCAAAGAGAAUGUGGCCGCCAGCCUCGCGCUGCCAAAGCCACAUGAAAUGGACUAAAACGUUGCCCACCAUUAAUCAAGCGAUACUACCUUCCAAGCAUCUUUACGCAGUUUCAGGAAAAGUAGGUAAUAAGAACGCGAACGCUUCGACGAGAAGUGGACUGGGAAGUGCAAAUAGCGGGAAUCAGUCGCGGCACGCUUCCACGAAGAAUCAUUCUUCUCACAUGACAAGAAGCAGCAGCGUUGGCGUUUUAAAUCAGAGCGAUUCUGAAUCGGAUGUUGGUGCCGGAAGCGGAAGGGGAUGGAACAACCAGGCAGGAAACAACAGGAUUAGCGGAUUAAUGAGACCAACGAUCAGUUCGCAAAACAAGAUCAAUCAUCAAAUAAAAUCGAGUUCCUCUUCCAAUAGUAAUUUACCAUCUGUUCUUAGAAGGAGGGGCAUGCAAGGAGCGUAUUCAAGUGUAAAUCUAAGUCAAGUGGGUAAUCAAGAAGAUUCGAGCUCGGAGGAUACGUCUUCGAACGGAAACGGUGGAAAACCAGCGCUUCCUCCGAGGCCUCGAAGUAUCAGUAUUGACCAUUCUGCUUUUCAAUCCACACGUUUCACAUUUUGCAGCUUAAGUCUACCUGGUACGGCAGUGAGGAGAUCCGGAUCGUCGACAGUUAUAACCAACGGUCGCAACGGAAAUAGUACGAUAGGGCAGAAUGCGAGUAGAAUGUCGACAGCUAAUCGGAAUCAAUUAGACCCUAGCCCUCAGGAACUUCCAGUCAAAGAUACUGAUCGUGCCAUCGAUGUAGCCAGUGCCGAGUUAGGCACGGAUAAAACAUUAGUGUCUACGCAACUGUGCAAUACGAUCGCAGACGAGCUAACACGAACAGCAGACAAUGUCGUGCAACUGUACAAACGUUUAACGAUAGAUAACGAGGACGAUCCGUCUCGAGCGAGCAUCGACAGGGACACGAUGCUGCGCGGUCUCGAAUCGUCUGUGAACGAAACGAUGCGCACCUUGCGGCUAGUCGUUUCAGGUGGCGACAGCCAUAACGAAGGCUCCGCUACGGAAAACGUGGUGAUGAACGAAGCAGCCGCGAAAUUCCAAGAGUUGCUCGCCGGCCAAGACCAGGGAAAGGUGGUCAAUAUGAUGCAACAGUACUCCGAGUUACUCUUGAACAUGAUGCAGCAGAGAAUGGGAGGGACGCAAUCGAGCCAUACGUAAAAUCCGUCCAUCCGCAACAAUUCUCCAGGGAGAGAAAACGCACGAUCAGGAGAUGAAGCUGCGCACGGUGCUCAGGUACCGUAUUGCAGCAACACACUCCCUCCUGAACCAUUUAU